AUGGAUGGUCAAGAACUUCAUGAAAUUACCUUGGGUAACAAUGGAGAGUCCACCUCAAAUGUCAAUUUGGAUAGUGGUAAGAACGCAUAUGAUAAUUUUGAAAAAGAAAUUGAAACUGAAUCAAAGCAAUUUGGUGCCGCUUUAGAUCCAGAAACCUCAUACAUGGCCGGUGGUGAAACUGAAGAAGAUUUUAAAUUACGUAAAUACUUUGAAAAUUCACAAAGAAUGGCAAUGGAAAAUGGUGGUAAACCAAAGAAGAUGGGUGUCGUCUUCAAAAAUUUAACUGUUGUUGGUAAAGGUGCCGAUACAUCUGUUAUAGCUGAUAUGUCAACUCCAUUUUGGGCUAUUGUAGAUUUUUUUAAACCAUCAACAUGGAAAAAAAAAGCAGAAUCAACUUUUGAUAUUUUACACGAUGUAACAGGUUUUUGUAAAGAUGGUCAAAUGUUAUUAGUUUUAGGUAGACCAGGUGCUGGUUGUUCAACUUUAUUACGUAUUAUUUCAAAUCAAAGAGACUCCUACGUUAGCGUUAAUGGUGAUGUAACAUAUGGUGGUAUCUCAUCAAAGGAAUGGAGAAAAUAUAAAGCCGAAGCUAUUUAUACACCAGAAGAAGAUUCAAAUCAUCCAACUCUUACACUUAGCGAAACUUUAGAUUUUGCCUUAAAAUGUAAAACUCCAGGUAAUCGUUUACCAGACGAAUCAAAAAGAAGUUUCCGUGAAAAAGUAUUAAAUUUAUUAUUAUCAAUGUUUGGUAUUGUUCAUCAAGCUGAUACUAUUGUCGGUAAUGAAUUCAUUAGAGGUUUAUCAGGUGGUGAAAGAAAACGUUUAACCAUUGCUGAAGCAAUGGUUUCAUCAGCUUCAAUUACAUGUUGGGAUUGUUCAACUAGAGGUUUAGAUGCUGCAUCAGCUUUUGAUUAUGCAAAAUCAAUUCGUAUUAUGUCAGAUACCUUACAUAAAACUACAAUUGCAUCAUUUUAUCAAGCAUCAGAUUCAAUUUAUAACACUUUUGAUAAAGUUUUAAUUUUAGAAAAAGGUAGAUGUAUUUAUUUUGGCCCAGUUGGCAAAGCUAAAGAUUAUUUUAUGAGUUUAGGUUUUGAUUGUGAAGCAAGAAAAUCAACUCCAGAUUUCUUAACUGGUGUCACUAAUCCACAAGAACGUAUUAUUAAAAAAGGAUUUGAAGAUCGUGUUCCAGAAACAUCAGCAGAUUUCGAAACAGCAUGGAGAGCCUCAGAACUUUAUCGUGAUGGUAUUAAAGAAUUGGAAGAAUAUGAAAGUCAAAUCGAAGCAGAACAACCAAGAGUUGCUUUUGUUGAAGAAGUAAGAAAUGAAAAGAGUAGAACCAAUCCAAAGAGUUCACAAUAUACUACCAGUUUUGUUACUCAAGUUGUAGCUUUAAUUAAAAGAAACUUUUCAAUGAUUUGGGGUGAUAAAUUUGGUAUUUGUUCACGUUAUUUAUCAGUUUUAAUUCAAGCAUUUGUUUAUGGUUCCAUUUUCUUCCAAUUGAACAGAGAUAUUGAUGGUUUAUUCACUCGUGGUGGUGCCAUUUUAUCAUCUAUCAUUUUUAACGCUUUCCUUUCUAUUGGUGAAAUGUCUAUGACUUUCUUUGGUCGUCGUGUAUUACAAAAACAUCGUUCUUAUGCUAUGUAUCGUCCAUCUGCUUUACAUAUUGCUCAAGUCGUCACCGAUAUUCCAUUCACCUUUUUACAAGUUUUACUCUACUCAAUUAUUGUAUACUUUAUGGUCGGUUUAGGUUAUGAUGCAGGUAAAUUCUUUGUGUUCAUUUUCACUCUUUUAGGUUGUUCUUUAGCUUGUACUGCUCUUUUCAGAUUAUUUGGUAACCUUUGUCCAAGUAUGUACAUUGCUCAAAACAUUUUAAAUGUAUUUGUCAUUUUCAUGCUUACCUAUGCUGGUUAUACAAUUCCAAAACAAAAGAUGCACCCUUGGUUCGGUUGGUUCUUCUGGAUCAAUAUCUUUGGUUACACUUUCAAAGCUUUAAUGGAUAACGAAAUGACUGGUACCGAUUUUAAUUGUGAUGCUUCUGCUAUUCCAUUUGAUCCACUCUAUGCUGCAGGUCUUAAACCAAAUAAUUCAUAUGCCGAUGAACAAUAUAGAAUUUGUCCAAUGGGUGGUGCUGUACAGGGUGACACUAAAUUUAAAGGUGAAUUUUAUUUGGAACAUGGUCUCUCAUUCCCACAUAAUCAACUUGCACUUAACGUUAUCGUUGUUUAUUUAUUCUGGCUCCUUUUCGUUGUUUGCAAUAUGAUUGCUAUGGAAGUUUUAGAUCAUACUUCAGGUGGUUAUACUCACAAGGUCUAUAAAAAAGGUAAAGCUCCAAAACUUAAUGAUGUUGAAGAAGAAAAACAAUUAAACGCUAUUGUCGCCAACGCUACAAAUAAUAUGAAAGAUACUCUCAAAAUGUAUGGUGGUAUUUUCACAUGGCAAAAUAUUCGUUACACUGUUCCAGUUAUGGGUGGUCAAAGAUUACUUUUAGAUAACAUUGAAGGUUGGAUUAAACCAGGUCAAAUGACAGCUUUAAUGGGUUCAUCAGGUGCCGGUAAAACUACUUUACUCGAUGUCUUAGCUAAAAGAAAGACUAUUGGUGUUGUUGAAGGUGAUUGCACAUUAAACGGUAAACCAUUGGAAAUCGAUUUCGAACGUAUUACUGGUUAUGUUGAGCAAAUGGAUGUUCAUAAUCCAGGUUUAACUGUCCGUGAAGCUUUAAGAUUCUCUGCUAAAUUACGUCAAGAACCAGAAGUCUCAUUAGAUGAAAAAUUCAAAUAUGUUGAGCAUGUACUCGAAAUGAUGGAAAUGAAACAUUUAGGUGAUGCUUUAAUUGGUACCUUAGAAACUGGUGUUGGUAUUUCAGUCGAAGAAAGAAAACGUUUAACCAUUGGUGUCGAAUUAGUCGCCAAACCACACAUUCUUUUCCUUGAUGAACCAACCUCUGGUUUAGAUGCUCAAUCCUCAUACAAUAUUAUUAAAUUCAUUCGUAAACUCGCCGAUGCUGGUAUGCCAUUAGUUUGUACUAUUCAUCAACCAUCAAGUGUAUUAUUCGAACAUUUCGAUCGUUUAUUACUUUUAGCUAAAGGUGGUAAAACUGUAUACUUUGGUGACAUUGGUGAAAAAUCAAGUAUUCUUUCCUCUUAUUUCCAACGUCAUGGUUGCAGACCAUGUAACGAUAGUGAAAAUCCAGCUGAAUAUAUGUUAGAAUGUAUUGGUGCUGGUGUUCACGGUAAAACUGAUGUCGACUGGCCAGCCGCCUGGAGAGAUUCACCAGAAAGAAAUGCUGUCAACAACGAACUUUCUACUUUAAGAACCCAAGUUGAUCAAUCACUCGAUAACAAAGGUGAACCAAGAGAAUUUGCUACUACAACAUGGUUCCAAGUUAAAGAGGUUUACAAACGUCUCAAUUUAAUCUGGUGGAGAGAUCCAUUCUACACUUAUGGUUCAUUCAUUCAAUCAGCUUUAUGUGGUCUCAUUAUUGGUUUUACUUUCUGGUCACUCAAAGAUUCAUCAUCCGAUAUGAAUCAACGUAUUUUCUUUGUUUUCGAAGCUCUUAUGUUAGGUAUCCUUUUAAUUUUCGUAGUCAUGCCACAAUUAAUUAUGCAAAGAGAAUAUUUCAAACGUGAUUUCGCCAGUAAAUUCUAUUCAUGGUUCCCAUUCGCUAUUAGUAUUGUUGUUGUCGAAUUACCAUAUAUCCUCGUUUCAAGUACUAUUUUCUAUUUCUGUAGCUAUUGGACCGCUGGUUUAGAACAUAACAAUUCUGAUAAUUUCUUCUUUUGGUUAAUUUUCGUUUUCUUCAAUUUCUUCUGUGUCUCAUUCGGUCAAGCUGUCGCUGCUGUUUGUGUUAACAUGUUCUUUGCUAUGACAAUUAUUCCAUUAUUAAUUGUUUUCCUUUUCCUUUUCUGUGGUGUCAUGGUACCACCAGAAAAAAUUCCAUAUUUCUGGAGAUCAUGGAUUUACAAAAUCAAUCCAGCACGUUAUUUCAUGGAAGGUAUUAUCACUGAUGUCCUCCAUUGGGUCAAUGUAGAAUGUACCGAAGAAGAUUUAGCUAUUUUCACCGCUCCACCAGGUUUAACUUGUGAAGAAUACACCAAAGAUUUCAUGGUUGAAGGUGUUCCAGGUAAAAUUCGUUCUGAUUUGGCUCCAUUACCUACUGGAGAAACAAGAUGUGGUUAUUGUAUUUAUGCUAAUGGUAAAGAAUACUAUUCAACUUUAGGUUGGGAUGAAGGUAAUCGUUGGAGAAAUUUCGGUAUCCUUUGUUGCUAUAUUGUCUUUAAUAUCUUUUUAGUUAUCUUAUUUGUUUAUCUUACCCGUAAAGGAACAGCGUUAGCCAAUAUUCUAAAAUUGUUUUGGCUUUGUGCUUUCUCUUGGUGUUGGUGGUUCUACAUCUAUAUAUUUGAGAGCAUUCAAUAA